GAAGGUCAGAGAUGUUUGUUGUCAUUCUUGUGGCCCGUGCUCCAAACACAUGACUAGGCUAGAUCUAGAGAUCUUCAUUAUAGGCCUAUCUACUUGACUUCUUACGUUGCUGGGACAUAGAUCUGCAUAUCUACUAGAUCUAGAUCUAGAUCUACAUUGCUGGGACAUAGAGUCUAGAUCUAUCUUCUAGAACAUUGCUGGGACAUAGAUCUAGAUCUAGAUCUAGAAUCUAGUUCUAGAAUCUAGAUCUAGGCUGUGGUUGCUGUGGGACUCUUUUUUUCUCGUGUACAGUACUUGUACUGUCACUGUCAGGUUACGAAAGAGGAAUUUCGGUCUGCCUAAAAUGUUGCAAUAUAAUUUAAAAUGUUAGACAAUAAGCCCAGACAGGAUGAAAUCGUGGGUGGAAUCAGACGAAAUCAUGGACAGCAAGUGAGUGUGUCUUCCACAACAACAGCCAUGAGUGGAGCGUCGGUCCAAGGGGAGACAAAUGCUCGGGUUGAUUUGUCUGCGGGGGACACGGAGGCCAACGUGAAGCAAGGCAAACACGUGGAGAUGAAAGAGCUGAGUGAGAAGGGGAGCUUACCGGAGGGCAACUCUGUCUCCGAUCUCCUGGGUUUGGCCCCGCGACGGUCACACUUACCUCCCCUCAAGUCCCCACCCCGUGCCGACCACAUGGUCAGGAUUACCGAGGUGGUUCCCGCUCAUGACAGACCUCUAGUUGACCAUGGAUCCCAGGGGCAUUCACUGAGCCGUUUUACGUCCAAGAAAACGGAUGUGUUGGGCAUGCAGGUCAAUAAACUACCUAAAGGAAUCAGAACGUACUACAAGCGACAGGAUGAGCUGAUCGCGUCCUACGAGAACUUGGCCUCAGACUCUCGCAUCAACAUGCUGCGGGAACAGGCCAGUGCCCCGUCAACCACUCUCAUCACUCGCCUGUCACAGAUCUCCUUCGCUGCUAAUCUGUCCUCAGAUUCAGUGCCUGGACACCGUCCGGGCGUUUCACUUUGGCUCCAAGUUCUUGGUGGAGGUUGACAUUGUUCUACACGCCGACACGCGUCUUGUGGAUUCACACAACGUGGGGGAAAGUCUACAGCAAAAGCUGGAAAAGCUGGCCAAGGUGGAACGUGCCUUUGUCCACGUGGACUACGAGUCGGAGCACAACCCGCAGGAAGAACAUCUGCAGGAUUAGGCGCAGACGUCAAACUAAACUUUGGUUCCUUCUCUACUACUUGGCUGAACAAAUGAUGGGAGGUUGGAGAGUGUUUCUGAUUGAAGUGCCAGACAAAAUAGUAUUGCUUCUGUUUUGUGAUUGGGUGGGCUCAGACUGACUUAUGUUUGGGUCAUCAACAGAGGGAAGAGAAAUUUCAUCGAAAUUUUACAUGGAAGAAAUUAUUUUCUGUAUUGGACAGAACGUUCUGGACGUUUCCCUCAGUGCAUGUGUGUGUGUAGCCCAGAAGGCAACAGGAGAAAAUGAUGUGUAUCCAAA